AUGUCCUCGAGCACAAGUAGAAUCGAAUUAACUCUGUUGCAUCAUAACACUUCCUCUCAGUUCCUUACUGAAGAUACUCCUCAACCGAGUUCCUCAGGAAUUGGCCAAAUUGUAUUCGGUGUUGAAAGCGAGCACUCGCGAAGAUAUGAUGAAGAACAGUUGGCAUCAAUACAUCAUCCAUGGAAGCGAGACCUUUUCGCGCUCUUGGAACAGCCAAAGUCGUCGUCGGGAGCCAUGUUCAUUCACAUAUUCAUGACCUCUCUCAUCCUCACCUCUGCCCUUGUCACCGUCCUCGAAACUGUACCAGCGUUUCACAUGAUUUCCCCGCAGUUUUGGUUUGGAAUAGAGACGACUCUAGUUGCGAUGUUUACGGUUGAGUAUAUGGCGAGAUGUGUUGCGUGGAGUGCAUCAUGGAGAAGUUUGAUGAAGUGGAUGACAUCUUUCUUUGGAAUCAUAGAUCUGUUGUCAGUCUUGCCAUAUUACAUCGAGAUUCUGAUGCAACAGGAUACUGCCGUGUUCUUUCGGUUCUCGAUAUUGAGGAUGUUUCGGUUGGUUCGAGUAUUUCGCCCAUUCAGAUAUAACAAUACGAUCCUCCUUACUAUCGAAGUGAUGUACUUGGCCAUGCAAAGGUCUCAGCAUGCUCUAUUCGCCAUCGCAUUCUUCGUGGUCAUGAUUUUGACUAUAUUCAGUACCCUUUUAUACUUCGCUGAACGUGGCACUUGGGAUACUACUUUAGAAACCUUCAUUAAUUCCGAUGGUGAUCCAACUCAGUUUGCGUCUAUACCAGCCGCUGCCUGGUUCGUCAUAGUCACGAUAACGACAGUCGGUUACGGCGAAAUCACACCCAGAUCGUUCCUCGGUCGACUUGUCACCCUCCCGUUAUUGGUCUUUGGAUUGCUUCUUAUUGCGUUGCCUAGUUUCGUCCUUGGAAGGGAAUUCAGUCUUGUUUGGGAGAAGAUGACUUCAAAGAACUCUGAAGAGGAGGACGACUAUCAUGAUUUAAUACACCCCCGUCACCCUCAGCCUAAUAAUAAUAGCAGAAGAAGAGACUUGUCUAAUCUUAAGUUGGCGAUGAAUCAGACAGAGUUGAGCAAGCAGAUCGGCGAGUUGCGAGAGACGGUUGAGUUACAGGGAGAUAUGAUUAAACGGUUACUAGACGCGUUAGAGAAAGGCAAACAGAAAGCAAAAUGA